AUGCACCACAAUCUGAACCGUUUCGCCGUGCCUAUAAAUCUUAUUUACGGCGGCAAUUUUAACAUCUUCCGUCCCCGUACCGUCCCGUACGACCACGAACAGUACGGAUUAGAAGUCCUAAAGCAGCAGUUUCGAUACUUCGGUCCUGAGGAGAUCGCAAUCAAGAACAACGCCGUUCCAUUGGACGACAGAGAGAUCUUUGCGAAGGAUAAGGUGUUCAUUGGAAAAAUCGUGAAGAUGGAUUGGAGAGAUAGGCCAACCGCAAGGAAGAUUUUGGCGAAUGAGUGGUUUUAA